AUGCCAGCUGCCUUAAAGGGGGAGGGAACAGACACAUCAGUGCCGUUCUUUGCCCAGGUGCAGCGGCUGGAGGCCAACCACGGGCUGCUGGUGGCGCGCGGGAAGCUCCACGUUCUGCUCUUCAAGGAGGAGGCAGAAAUCCCAGCCAGAGCCUUCCAGAAGGCGGCGGAGCCCUUAGGCCCGGCGGAACAGGCCGAAGCUGGCCCAGAGCAGCCGGAGGCCGAAGUUGAGGAGAGCUCAGACGAGGAGCCCGUGGAGUCCAGGGCGCGGCGCCUGCGGCGCACCGGGCUGCAGAAGGUCCAGAGCCUGCGAAGGGCCCUAUCGGGCCGUAAAGGCCCUGCUGCGCCAGCACCCACGCCUGUUAAGCCACCUCGCCUUGGGCCUGGCCGGAGUGCCGAGGGCCAGCCCGAAGCCCAGCCUGCGCUGGAGGCCAAGCCAGAGCCAGAACCUCCGCGAGACACCGAGGAAGAUCCCGGGAGAUCUGAGGCUGCUGAUGCGGCUGUGCUCCAGAUAGAAAGUGCGGCCUGAUGGCUGGUGCCGCCGGCCUCCCCCGUGCCUAUGCCUGGUCCCACAGUAAAUCUUCCUCUCCGAAUGCAGCAUUCCCACCCAAAUAAGGAGUGAAUCCUGCAUCCACAGCCCAGCUCUGGCCCUCCCUUCCCGGCUUCUUCAGCCCAGCACUCUCUGAAAGAGGAACAGCCACUCACACCUGCUUGCACUCACCAUCAAUAAAAAUAAUGCCAUCCUAUCCAGACUCCAUGUGAAGGGGCUGGGAUGGGGGGAGGUGGUGCAAGGAACAAGACACGAUGGAACCUGGAAUGUGGCUUCAGUUUCAAACAGAUCAUUGCAUGAUUUCUCCAGUUACCACUGAAUCCGGGGCUCAACUCUGGUGACAGGGCAAAGAAAUAGCCUCUGGCUUGCUCCUUAAGCACUUUCCUCCUAGGAAGAUAGAGUUGCAGUUUUUUCCAACAUCUAGCACAGGCUUUUGUUGUAGGGGCUCAUUAAAUGUCAGCUUGUGUGUUU